GUGUUGCUUUACCCCAGCACUCUCCCCUAGAGCACUGCUGCAGGCUGUGUUUGGGGCGGAAAGAACCUGGCCCUGUCAUGGCUGACCCCAUGACAGCUGACACAUAGUUGGUGCGAAAGCGAUAGUGAGACUAGCCCUAACCCUACCAUUCCCAUCUGAUCUGUCACAGACAGGGGACCGUCUCUGACCUGGGACCCAGUGGGAAAGUGAAAGUUGUUCGAAGCAGUGGAGAAGAAUGUGGUCCAGCUCCGUCUAGGAGGGGAGGAUCAGGAGCAGCUCGCUGCCGCGACCAAGGACUACUGAGACUGGUGCUUAUCUUACUACUGUCAACACAAGGUGCUGCCUAGCCUGGAGAGAGAGAGAGAGAGAAAGAGAGAGAGAAAGAGAGAGGGGAGAGAGAGAGGAGGAGAGAGAGUGAGGGACGCCACGUUGCCUCACAGGUGAGUAUUGCUAGGUAAAUAUUUACCCAGUAAACACCUCAUGGAUCCGUAAUCUCAACAGUAUCGGUAGCAGGCAGGGCGCUGCCUGCCAGGGUUGCAAAGUGGGUAGAAGUGGCUGUGUUGUUGACGUAUGCUGAAAUUGAAGUGCAAGAGGUUUUGGAUGGCAUAAGUGUUUACUGUACGUUUGGGUUGACCCUUUGUAUCAGACACUCUCCUGAGUUGGCGAGGCUGUAAGUGUUUGAUAAUACCCCUGAGAGGCGUUUGUGUGUAUUUUUUGGUGUACACUGCAUAGGAGCAUCAUGGAUUUGCUGCAGGACUCUCGGUGGACCAUGCAGGGCCUCAACAGCCGUCUGAAGGGCUUCCUGGAGCAGGUAAACAAGCUGCAAGAGGCAAACUUGUGUCUGGAGGGCCAGAUUGCAGACUGGGGUCUGAGGAACGCUCCGCACCCCCAGGAAUGGACCCAGCAGGAAAGCACUGUGGACGACCUUCGUUCCCAGGUUGGUAAGCUGCUGAUGGAGAAUGCAGAGCUGGUGCUGCAGUCUGACCACAUGAUGUCCAGGGCUUCUACCAUCCAGGCCAGAUGUGAGGCGGAAGAGAGGCAGACCAAAUGUCUGGAGCAACAGGUGGCUCUGCUGAGGGAGAACCAGAUGAGGGUGGAGCAAACCAACGUGCAGCUGGAGGCGGAGCUACACCACUCCAUGACAGAGCUGCAGGACAUGCACCAGGACUAUGUGGCAGCCCGUGCUCUGCAGCAGCAGCAGGCCGACUCUCGUGAUGCGCUGCUAGUGACGGCCACAGCGUGGGAGGAGGAUGGCACAGGGAUGGAGCUCUCCCAGCUCCUCGACCGAAUCAGGACGCAGUGCGACCGCCUCAGCCUCACCGGCCUAAGUCGAGUCCCAGAUGACCGACACCCCGGCCUGGCCGCCGGCCCAAAUCAAGUUCCAUGCUCCGCUGCCGGGCCUAGCCGUUUUGGAGCCACACUCAGGCCCCGAGCCCAUGGAGGAUCUCUCCCACAGCUCAAUGCAGAAGAGGCAGCAUGGGCCCAGGUGAACCUCGGAGGGACUGCCCUCAGGGAGGCGCAGGCAGAGCUGGCCGAGGCCAGGAAACAGUGGCACUGCCUGCAGGUGGAGAUCGAGUCCCUACAUGCUCUGGAGAAAGGUCUGGAGAGUUCCCUCCACCACACCCAGUGUCAGUACUCCAGCCAGCUGCAGGGCCUGUCCCAGGUCAUCCAGGGUCUGGAGGGCGAGCUGGAGCAGGUGAGGGGCGGCCUGGCCACGCAGCGAGAGCGCCAUGGCCAGCUGCUCAAUACCAAGAUGAGGCUGGAGAAAGAGAUCGCCACCUACAGGCGCCUGCUGGAGCGCGAGGAGGGCAGGUACCCAGGUGGGCGUAACGGACAGGUCAUGGGGCUACGGCGCUGGAGGGGCCCCAUAAGAGAGCCAGGCUCCAUAGGGGAGGAGCCCAAGGAGAAUGGAGUGGAGGAGAAUGGCUUCAGUGACCCCGCAGUAACCCCUGAGGAGCCACUGUCCGAGCCCCUGCCUGAGAGACCCCAGCAGUGGUCUGUGACAGAGAACAGCCUGAGGAGGAGCCCUGCACUAACGCUGUAUAGGCAACAGAGCCUGGUCAUCCUUACAGAGCCAGAGAGAGACAAUGAUCUGAGGAUUUCCACAGUGAAGACCCAGGAGAUCCUCCAAGGCAACGUGGUGAGGGAGAGUGCAGAGGGCACUGGCACCGUGGAGACGGACAGGAUCGACAAGGUGAUUAAGCAGUGGGAGGGCUCCUUCUUCAAGGGGAACCCCAAGCUGCGGAAGAAGUCGGUGUCGCUACGAUUCGACCUGCACAUGGCGACUGCAGACGAGGGCUGCGCCCAGACCAAGCAGGAUAGCCUGCCCGACGUGGAGGUCCGCCUGGUGAUGAAGAGGUCCCGCAGUAUCCCCACCAUCGCGGCAAAUGUCGAGGCAACAGUAUAGUCGACGCAACAGUAUGCCCAUCCUUGAUGGGUGAUAUCAUCAUUGAAUUGCCUCCCUCAUAAAUGUUGUGAUCUGGCAACAGCAUCCCUACCCUUGACAGUGAUAUCACCGUGAUAUCAGCAUUGCUUCCCAUUGACCUAGGCUGAAGACGGGAAGGUUAAGACAAUUAAGACAUUCCAUGCGAAAGCGUUCAAAAUAUAAAACACAUUCAUGGGACCGACCAGGUCCAUUAAUAACUAUUAGCGCCAUUGCUAACUAGCAACACUGGUCCCAUGAAUUGCAAAGAGUUAUGAAAUAUUAUAAACUGGUGGUUCGAGCCCUGAAUGCAGAUUGGCUGACAGCUGUGGUAUAUCAGAAGAUAUACCACAGGAAUGAUAACAUUUGUAUUUUACUGCUCUAAUUACGUUGGUAACCAGUUUAUAAUUGCAAUAAGGCACCUCAGGGUUUGUGGUAUAUGCCAAUAUACCACGGCUAAGGGCUGUGUCCAGGCACUCUGCGUUGCGCAUAAGAACAGCCCUUAGCUGCUGUCAAUUGGCCAUAUACCACACCUCCUCGGGCCUUAUUGCUAAAUUAGAAUCCUCUUGUACGAACAUGUAUAUUUUGAACCUAGCGGUAUUGUCAUGCCAUCAAAGUUCCUGCAACUCCACUAUCACCCACAAUCAUCAUUGUGACAUCAGCAUUACCAGCAGCCAUUUUGCAACCCCCAUGACCAAACCAGCCACAGAAGACCACGUACAUGAGGGGUUAAUGUGUGUUUCAUUUGACAUAUCAGCAUUUCUUAAUCAUGUGUAAAAGUAGAAAGUCAUAUUGCCUACUUGCGAUUUUGCCAUCCAAGGCAAAUGUGACAAAAUGCCAUGUUCAAGAGAUUUCCCCUGUGGUCAAUAAUAUAUGAUAGAGUAUAUAGUACUCACUGUGGUCAUCACAUUUAACAAAUGUAUAAUCCAACCAUCCCUCGGUAACAACUGACACUUUAUACAGGUGGUGAAAAAUAUAAACAUGGGAAAAAAGCUGAGGCAUCACAGAGUUGUAUGUGGCAUUCUACUGGGGACUAUUUAAGGGUGGUUCUUUACUUCUCAAUUCGCUGUGUGUAAAAUGCCAAUGGUUUUGCUACGCAGUCAUGGAUCAACCCAGCACUGACAGUUUGCCUAUGGCUGAAACCUGUACUUCGGGCUUUUUCCUUAUAAUGCUGUAAAUCAACUGUAGUCUAUAUAUUAUCUAUAUAUGGACAAAGUCCAAACAAAGCAAUGAAGUUAGAAAUGUACAGUUAAAAAAAAAAAAGAGAAAAAAAAGAAGAAGCUAUUUAUUUCCCCCACACUGCUCACUGUGACCCGAAAUUGCAGUGAGGCUUCUUCCUGGAGAGCAACCCUCCUGUAGGUUUUCGUUUCAACCCGAGUUGUGACUAACCUGAUUCAGUUUAUCAACCAGCUAAUUAUUAGAAUCAGGUGCGCUAGAUUAGGAUAUGAGCGAAAACCUACAGGACGGAAGCUCUCCAACGGUUGGAGACGGAGAGAGCCCUUUUCUAAUCUAACCCCGCCACUUGUAUCGCAGAGAUAUACCCUGGUUUAGCCAGCAGGGGCCGGUAUUUGUAAAUAGUUGCUCUACAGUAUCCUGAAUGCUUUAUUUUGGUAUUGUUGUGUCGUAUACAUAAUAUCUAUAUGACUGAUUACACUCUAUAAGACAGUAUCUUUAUUUUAUUUUUUUGCAAUGUUUUUGAGUUGGCACCAAAUAUAGGAUGCGAAGAUAAUACCAUUGUGCAUUGCAGUUGGGUCCCUCCUGUGUACAAAUGUUAAAAACAAUUAUAUUCUAUGUAGUUCUUCAUGCGCUUGAUUUGCUCUGCUUCGCGGAGUACUUGGGACUAAUUCUUCUUUUCGUUUUUGGAGCUCUUUAACUUUAGAAUUAAGAAUUAUGCCUUUGUCUAAUAAUGUAUUCAUUUAAAUAAAACACCAAAAACGCUG